AUGGCUAUCCCUUGUCCACCUCUAAUUAGAUCAGAAAAGCUAUCUAUAGAGUCAGGAGCUAGGUCUCCUUCUUCUCCUUCCCCAUUAAUCCUAACACAAGACGAGCUCAAAAAAAUCGCCGCCUACAAAGCCGUCGAGUUUGUCCAAUCCGGUAUGGUUCUCGGCCUAGGCACCGGCUCCACUGCCAAACACGCUGUUGAUAGAAUCGCCGAUCUCUUACACCAAGGCAAAUUGAAGAACAUUAUAGGCAUACCCACCUCCAAAAAAACCCAUCAACAAGCCGAGUCUCUUGGAAUCCCUUUAUCCGACCUCGAUUCGCAUCCCGUCGUUGAUCUUGCAAUCGACGGUGCCGAUGAGGUGGACUCGAAUCUCAAUUUGGUUAAGGGGCGUGGUGGGUCUUUGCUUAGAGAGAAAAUGAUUGAGAGUGCUUGCAAGAAGUUUAUUGUUAUUGUUGACGAGUCUAAAUUGGUGGCUCAUGUUGGUGCUAGUGGUGCUAUGCCUGUGGAAGUUGUGCCAUUUUGUUGGAAAUUUACUCAAGAUAGGCUGCAAAGUUUGUUUGAUUACGCGGGAUGUGUUGCGAAAUUGAGGACUAAUAAUGCGGGUGAAGAUGGUGAGAUUUUUGUUACUGAUAAUAGGAAUUAUAUCGUGGAUUUGUUCUUUAAGAAGGAUAUUGGGGAUUUAAAGGUUGCCAGUGAUGCUAUUUUGAGGCUAGCUGGGGUUGUUGAGCAUGGAAUGUUUCUUGAUAUGGCAACUACUGUUAUUGUUGCAGGUGAGAUUGGAAUCACUAUCAAGAAUAAGUAA